AGGGCCCGGCCGGCCGAGGGGACCAUGGUGCCCCUCCCGGUUGGUUACGCGCGGCAGCCGGCGUACUCGGGCGACAAGCACGAGUACGUGCUGGUGUUUGAUCCGAAGCUCAGGUUCAACGAGUACCCCGUUGAGCCAGCCGGAUUCAGAGAAGCAGUGGAGGAGUGUUACGCCAAGUUCACCGAGCUGGGGCUGCUCGUCCAGGAGGUCCUGAACGAGUGCAUGGGCCUGCCGCCGGGGUUCCUCAGGGACUACAACGGCGACCGCGGCUUCGACUUCAUGUCGGCGAUGCGCUACUUUCCGGCGACGGAGGAGGAGAACAACGGCCUCAGCGCGCACGAGGACGGCAACUGCAUCACCUUCGUCAUCCAGGACGGCGUCGGGGGCCUCGAGGUCCUCAAGGACGGCGACUGGGUCCCGGCGGAGCCCGUCGACGGCAGCAUCAUCGUCAACAUCGGCGACGUCAUACAGGUGCUGAGGAACAACAAGUUGAAGAGCCCGACGCACCGGGUGGUGAGGAAGCAGCCGGUGCACAGGCACUCGUUCGCGUUCUUCUUCAACAUCCACGGCGACAAAUGGAUCGAGCCGCUGCCGGAGUUCACGACGAAGAUCGGCGAGUCGCCGCGCUACAGGGGAUUCGUGUUCAACGAGUACGUGCAGAUGCGGAUGAGGGCCAAGAUCCAUCCACCGUCCAGGCCCGAGGACGUCGUCCCCAACCACAUCACCCACUAUGCCAUCUAGCCUGGGGAAUUGGUUUCGAUCGCAGAAAUGUAUAGGAGCUGCACGGUCUGUUCCAGCAAUCCGAAGUUCCACUCUUCCGGAUGUUGUUACGAAAACUGGGGCUGUGAAAUUUGAGAUAAAAACAAUUUGCUUGAGAAAAAUGUUAUAUAUCCGGCUACAGCAUCAUCGCCUCGUAGUGCA